AUGUAUACACACACAGGCACGUACAGACAUGCAUAUACAUGUACAUACACAGACAAAUGUACACACACACAUACAUGUACAUACACACAGACACAUGUACAGAUACACACAUGUACACACACACACAACCCCCCCCCCCUAUAAAAGUUGCAGUACUUCUUUGUUCACUCACAGAGCCAGGUACUGCACUCUAGGGGGAGGCAGAGAGCACAGCACACAGUCCUUCCUUUGCUUUCACUGCGCUCAGCUAUCGAGGAGUCUGAAGUCUCCCAGUGACAAUGACAGAUCCGGCCUGAGCUCUGAGCCUGCUCAGCAAGACGGCCCUGGGGGAUACACUCACCCCCACCAUAAUUUCCACUCGCCAUUGGCAAGCAGACAAGUGGAAAUUUCAAAGCCUGCCAUAAACUGUCUGGUU